CCCACCACACCCUUUGCCCAGACGCCCACACAAAAAUACAAAGUGUAGUGGAAGGGAAGAAGAAGGUGAGGAGAGGAGAACCGGCCGCCUCCCCUCCGCUCCCACCGCGCUUAAAUGCGGUUUGUUUUGGUGGUUUUUCCGUAGGCGCGCUGCCCGUUUACUCUUACAAAAGCCUCGCCCGCCUCACUCCUCUGCUCCAGCCACAGCCAGCUACUCCCGGUAGCGCACCCACCCCGCCUGCCAGUGACAGCGCCCAGCGCCAGCGGCCGGCGCGCACGCACCGGGACGUGAGGGCGGUCCGUCGAGGCGGCAAUGCACAUUGCCACGUGCGUGUGGCAGGAGAAGGCGGCGGCCAUGGGCGCGGCGGCCGGGGGCAGGGCCGGCGAGUGCAGGGUGUCGCUCGUGGCGCUGCUCGCGGCGGCGGGGCGCGCGCUCAACUGCGUGGUGAGCUUUGUGGUGUUCUCCUUCCUCGACGUGCUGGACAUGGUGCUCUGCCUGGUGUACAAGGUGGUUGACUACGCCGUGGAGGCCGAGUGGAAGCCCUGCUACUGCUCCGCCGCGGCGCGCGAGGGCGGCGGCGGCGGCGGCGUAGCAGGCGGCGCAACGGGGGCGCAGGGGGCGCUGUCGUUCGUGGCCCCGCGGGCUGCGGCGGCGGCGGGGCCGAAGGUGGUGCGGCUGUCGUCGUCGUCGGCCAACAAGAUGCAGCUGGAGGACGUGUCGGACACGCUCUACGUGCGCGCCUCGCUGCUCUCGGACGCCACACGGAAGCCGGGCCCCAUCGCGCCGGCGCUGACCGUGAGCCCGGCCAUCGCCGAGCUCAUCCGGGGCAAGAUCGACCGCGCGCCACGCCCGCCGCGGCAGGCGCCCUGCUGGUCCGACUGCGACUGCAAGAUGUGCCACUCGUGGAGCACCGGCUCCCGCGCCUCCCACCUCUACGUGCACGUGCAGGCCCCGCCGCCGCCGCCGCCGGGGGCCGGCGAGCAGGAGGCAGUCAUCUUCAUCCACGGCUUCAUCUCCUCCUCCGUGUUCUGGACGGAGACGGUGUUCCCGGCGUUCAGCCCGGCGGCGCGCGGGCGGUACCGGAUGUUCGCCGUGGACCUGCUGGGGUUCGGGCGGAGCCCCAAGCCGGCCGACUCGCUGUACACGCUGCGGGAGCACCUGGAGAUGAUCGAGCGCUCCGUGCUCCAGCGCUACCGCCUCAAGUCCUUCCACGUCGUGGCGCACUCCCUCGGCUCCGUCCUCGCCCUCGCGCUCGCCGUCAAGUACCCCGGCGCCGUCAAGUCCCUCACGCUCCUCGCCCCGCCGUACUUCCCGGUGCCGGAGGAGGAGGCGGGGGCGGCGACGCAGUACGUGAUGCGGCGGGUGGCGCCGCGGCGGGUGUGGCCGCCGAUCGCGUUCGGGGCGUCGAUGGCGUGCUGGUACGAGCACGUGAGCCGGACCAUCUGCCUCACCAUCUGCAGGCACCACCGGGUCUGGAACAGGCUCUUCAGGAUCUUCACCAGAAACAAGAUGAGGACGUUCCUGAUCGAGGCGUUCAUGUGCCACACCCACAACGCGGCGUGGCACACCCUGCACAACAUCAUGUGCCUCAGCGCCAGCAAGAUGGGCGCCUACCUGGACGUGGUCGCCGGGCAGCUGAGCUGCAAGGUGGCCCUCUUCCACGGCCGCGACGACGAGCUGCUCCCCGUGGAGUGCACCCUCGCCGUCGGCGCCCGGGUGCCCCGGGCCCGCGUCACCGUCUACGACAACAAGGACCACAUCACCAUCGUCGUCGGCCAGGAGAAGCUCUUCGCCGCCGAGCUCGAGGCCAUCUGGCGGAGCGCCGCCCAGGACUAGCGCCUCUGCCUCUCUGCCUCUCUCUCGACCUCGUUCGCCAACCACCACAUGCAUGUACAACCCUAGUACUGCUACUACUACUUCAGCUACAGUGAUCAUCAGCCAGCAACAGUGCACAGGAGGAGGAGGAAGAGAGGAGGAGACUAAUGGCCCGUGAGAAAGAUUGCAAUAACGAUUACCCUGCAUGCGAGAGCAGAUGCAGCAGCAGCGGCCAGCCAGGCCUAGUAGGAGGAGGAUGGGACAUGGUAGAGCAACUCUGGCAUAUCCUCUCCAAGAACUAUAAAUACAUACAGCUGUAUCAUUUCCAUUUUCUUCUUCUUCUUCUUCGUUUUUUUUCUCUCUUUUCUCCCUGGUAAUUAAUUAAUUAAUGAUAAAGUGUACUUAUGAUUAAUUGUUUGAUUGGACCAGCUUGGCCAAUUGUCGUUGUCGUCGUCGUCAGCAGCCACACAACUGUAAUAUAAUACUGUAGUAUAUAUAUACUAUGAGAUGGAAUGGAAUGGACACUUUCAAGGCCGGAUUGAUUAA